AUGCCGCCGAUGUACGUCUUGGCCACUGAUAUAUCACCAAUGAGAACAACAUGUGCAUUGAAGGUAAGAUGCAUUCGAACGUAUGAAGUGAAGGAACGUAGGUCCACUGAAGUUGUGAAAUGUCGAGAAUGUGUCUUCCAUGAUAGCGAGGGUAAUGUUUUACAUGCUCACAUCCCACGCGAGCAUGUUGUUAAAUUUCAAAACCAGUUUGUUGAAGGCAAAUACAAGAAUUUAAAUUUUCCUAGGCACAUGUUUCGUCUGAGAAGUUUUAAAUCUUUGAAAGAGUCUGAGAAGAUUGAUGACAAAGAACUCAUUGAUGUGAUUGGAAGGAUCGUUGAGAUUUAUUUUCCUAUAGAAAAGAUUGUAGGUGGAAGGCCUUCUCGGUUGAUUGACUUCCUCAUAGAGGAUGAAAGGUUGUCUUUUGGGUUUUACAGUGUAAUCUAUUUUUAUAACUGCAAUGGUGAUGAAAUGAAAUGCACAGUAUGGGACGAUCAUGUCGAUAAGGUCGACUCUUGGGUCAAAAGUGGUUACAAUGCUGGGGAAACUAAGCUUUCAAGCUCCUAUGAUGCCACCCAGUUAUUUAUCAAUGAACCCAUUCCUGAAAUUAUCGAGUUUAGGGAUAGAAUAUGUGGUGAGAAGACUCCUAUGCGUAGUAUUUGUUCUAUCUCAAGUAUGUCUGCUGCAAAUACUUUUGACACAUUCAACACUGGUUCUAUGAUUAUGACUACCAUUAGUGAGGUGUAUGAGAAGAAACAGUACGGCGAUUAUUGGGUGGUGGCUAAGAUCGUUGGUAUAGAAGGUGCUUUGGACUGGUGUUAUAACUCAUGUAAAACACAAGGUUGUAGCAAAAAACUAACCCUAAAUACCAAGGGCCUCUAUGACUCUUACAAGUGUAAUAAGACAUGGGCAGAAGGAAUUUUGAGAUAUAGGAUUAAGGUGAGAGUUGUUGAUAGGAAUGGUAAUGCACCAUUCCUUUUAUGGGACCGGGAAUGCAAAGAGUUGAUUGGCAUGUCUGCUGUGGAACUGAGAGACAAAUAUCCACAGGAUAACCAACUUCUGCCCAAUGAGAUUUUAUCCUUGUGUUCUAUGGCACUAAUAUGGAAGAUUGCUGUGAGGAAAGAACAGUUUGAUAACCUUCAUAAUGCGUUCGCUGUUAUGAAGGAGUUUCUUUCUGAAGGUGAGGCUGAAAGUCCUCUAGCCAUAACUGGAAAUGCAAAGGAUGUAGAGGUUUUAGACUCCGGUGCUGUUAAGCGAUGUCUUCUGGAUCAGUUUUCCUCAACAAAGACCUCUUCAAAGAAACUUCUCUUGGAAGUCAAGUUGGAGAAGACAACUGAUGAUGCAGCUUAA